AUGUUCGCACCCCCCGGCGCCCCGGACGUGCUAACCCUCGCCCAAACAGCGUACAAUAUCUACGACGCCUACCAUGGCGCGCAGGACCGGUACAAGGAGUUAUGCGACGACAUUCGCGCGCUGGAAAUCACCUUGCAGCGGCUGGGCAAUCGGCUCGCUACCCAUCCAUCCACAGAUCCUGCCAGUGACAAAAAUGGAGGUGGAUACAAUGAAGCGAAAUUAGAGGAAAUCGUGCAUCUUGCUUCUACUUUACUCGAAGAUCUGCAACGCAAGAUACCCGCUGGCACCGUUCCAAGGGGACUGUAUAGACUGAAAUGGUCCCAGAACGAAGCGAAUGCGUUCCGUGCGAGGAUUACGGGUAUCUCGGCGAUGAUAGCGGCGUUCAAUUCGAGUUUGUUGUUGGAUUAUGUCGAUUCGUCGACUACGCAACUGGGAGAGACACAAGAAAAGAUUCUGAGGACGUUGGAGGAUGUGUUGAUUAGCCUGCAGAGUGAGACGAAGACGAAGCUGAAAAGGCGGGAUUCGGAGACGUCAACUUUGGUGGAGAUUCAGACUGAGAUACAGGCUGAGAUUGAGAUUGAAAAAGAAGAAGGAGGUGGCAGGACUGAUCUGUGGGUUGAUCUGGUGACUGAGAUGCAGAAACACGGCAUUUCGGAAACGCAGGUUGAGCAGCACAAAAGCAUGAUACUACAAUGGGCUGGGCGCGCGAUUGCGGCGGGGRUACUCAAUCAGCCUGAUGGUGAGGAGACGGAAACAGGGACAGAGACGUAUUGGGAGGUUAUAUCCGCGGUGUAUGGGCCGCGCAAUGUGACCUCUAUCCUGCAAAGGAUGAUUGAUACGCAUCGCCAGCAUCAGCAGCAUCUGAGAUCAAGACCGCUUCAGUUCAUCAUUACGAAUGAAGCCUUUGGCGGCGAUCCGUUCCCGGGUCACGUCAAGGCAUUCUCCAUGGCGUGGCGGAAAAGGGUCGUGCAUCGUCACGGCCGACAAGUUUCGACGUCGUACUCGGCGGUGCAAAAAGCAUUUGCGCAAGAGGAUGAUGUAGUGGUUAUUGACUUUGAUCAAGGUGUUAAUUUAGAGGAGAGUCCAGUUGAGUCCGCUGCCAGAAGAGGGGUGGAGAUAGUAAUAGCAUCCUGGCACAACCUCGACAUGACGCAGCAUAUCACCUCCUUGAUUCAGAAUGGUCAAACCGCCAUCAUGGCAACGGACAUGCAACUGCUCACUCACGACCCGAGUCCAGGAUACAUCAAAUUCUUGUCUGUUACCUACACCUACACUUCCGCUAAGGAUAACAACAACGAACAUCAAUAUUUCCAAGUGAGCUUCGCGGAAGAAGGUACCGAACUCGAUAUCCCACCUUCGCUGGACAUUCUAUACGCAAACUGGGGCGGACUAGACAUCACAGCCACACUGGAAGCCAAGAUCGACCCUAAUACACAGACAUUGACGCUCGACACGAACAGGAUGGUUCAUAUUGCGUCGCCGGAUCCGUGGCCGGGGUUCUACAAGAGUAUAGUCGUUAUUUAUCGGUAUAAUACCAUAUACAAAAGUAAAUGUGGUGUCGAGGGCGACGGGAUGGAGUUAUUGGUCGUUGGCGAAGGGAUGGGGACGACGGUUAUCAAACCGUAUCAGAGCGGUGCGCAUCGAAGUCAAAGUUGGAGACUGGAUCUGCCUUUCCCAUCAGAUGACGAGAAUGGGUCAAAAGCGAGAAUAUUAGGCAUUAUAUGGGGUUUGCAACCUGUUUCGACGACGAUGUGGUCACCGCGGAAGGAGUUGAGGGAUAGCGUCCUCCUCUCUCGGAGGAUAGUAUGUACGAACAAUCUUUUUGGUGGAGAUGGAUGGUUCGGCAAAGUCAAGGCUUGUCUUGUUUUAGUACAGAAUGUCGAAACGAGAGAAAUUGUGGCGUUGGUUGGAAGGGAGAACACGGUGCUUGAAUUGGUAUCGCCGUGGCAGUCAUGA